AUGGCAAGCAAGCGGAAGUUGGAGGAGCUCAGUGUGGACGAGUUUCUGCUUUCAGCCUCCAUCUCGGAUGGAGAUGAUGAUGGAGCAGAUGACUCUGAAGAAGAAACCCCACAAAAAAGUGAUUCAAAGGGGAAGACCAGCAAAAAGAAUGAAGCACAGAACAAAAACGAUAUGAAAUCAGGCAAAGCAUCACAGCACAAAGAACAGCUGUCAAGAUUAAAAAACAAAGAUCCAGAGUUUUACAAGUUUUUACAAGACAACGACCAAACCCUGUUAAACUUUGAGGACUCUGACAGCUCUGAGGAUGAAGAUGAGAAGAAGUACCACAAACUCCCAUCCAAACUGGAGGAGGUCAGUUCAGGUGACGAGGAUGGUGACAAUGAUCAGAAGCCUUCAAAAACAUCCAGAAAAGAUGAUGCCAUUAAAGUUACUGAGAAAAUGGUUGCAGAAUGGAAAGCUUCCCUCAAAAAGGAGCCCAGUCAACGGCUCUUUAGAGAAGUGACUCAGGCUUUUAAAGCUGCUGUGGCCACAACUAAAGGAGAAGGAGCUGGGCAGUGCCGCUUCAAAGUAGCUGACAGUUCAGUGUUCAAUGCUUUAGUACUAUUUUGUAUCAAAGACAUCCAUCCAGCCCUUGAGAAGAUGCUUACCCUGAAAGCCAAUAGAGAUGAGAGAAAGCUGGUGUUGCCAUCAUCUAGUCCAAAAUGGCAGAAGAUUCUGAUAGAUAUAAAGAUGUAUGUCAGUGGAGUGGUUCAGUUGUUGUCCUGUCUAACGGAAAGCUCAGUCAUCAGCGCUGUCCUAAAACAUGCCAACCAACUUGUUCCUUAUUUUCUGUGUUUGCCCAAACAAUGUCGGCACCUCAUCAAGCAAUUGUUGAAGCAGUGGAGUACAGGAGAGGAAACGAGUCGUGUUUUAGCUUUUCUAGCUUUAAACAAAAUUUGCAGACACAAACAAGAUGCUUACUUAAACUCUAUUCUUAAGCAAAUGUACAUUGUCUAUGUACAAAACUGCAAGUUCACUUCCCCCAAUGUGCUUCCAAUGAUCAACUUCAUGCAGAGAUCCCUCACGGAGAUGUAUGCUCUGGACACACAGGCCUCAUACCAGCAUGCGUUCAUUUACAUCAGGCAGUUGGCCAUCCACCUUAGGAACGCUAUGACCAUGAAGAAAAAGGAAACGUACCAAUCUGUGUACAACUGGCAGUUUAUUCAUUGUUUGUACCUCUGGUGUCGAGUCUUGAGCACUUUGUAUCCCAGUGAUGUUCUUCAACCUCUUAUUUAUCCGCUCUGCCAAGUCAUCUUAGGCACUAUCAAGCUGGUACCCACUGCAAAGUACUACCCUCUGAGGAUGCACUGUUGCAGAGCGCUCAUCUUGUUAUCCAGCAGCACCAACACAUUUGUCCCAGUUGUGCCUUUUCUGUUGGAGAUUUUGCAACAAGUGGACUUCAACAAGAAGCCAAGCCGCAUGAGCAAGAAACCAAUCAACUUUGCAGUUAUUCUGAAACUUGGCAAAGUUAACCUUAUGGAGAAAGCAUAUAAGGACGGCUUGGUGGACCAGCUGUAUGACAUUAUGUUGGAGUAUUUUUACACUCAGCACAACUCCAUCGGAUUCCCAGAAAUUGCCCUUCCAACAAUUAUUCAGUUGAAGUCCUUCCUGAAGGAAUGCAAAGUGGCCAAUUACUCAAAGCCAGUGCGGCAGCUGCUGGAGAAGGUGCAGGAGAACAGCGGCUUCAUCACGUCGCGCCGACAGAAGGUGGCGUUCGGAGUGGCUGAUACGGCGGCUGUGGUUGAAUGGGAGAAGCAGGUUCAUGAAGAAGGGACUCCUUUAAGCAGAUACUACAGCCAGUGGAGGAAGCUCAGAGAAAAAGAAAUUCAACUGGAGAUCUCCGGCAAAGAAAGGAUGGAGGAUCUCAACCUGCCUGAAAUCAAACGCAGGAAGGUUCAAGAGAAGGCACAGGACAAGGAGGAGUUCAAAAACCUGUUUGACUCUGACAGUGACUCUGAGGGAGACGAUUCUGGAUUCAAGAUCAAAGGUAAGAGCCGCGGCGCCUCUGAUGAUGAUGAUGAUGAUGAAGAGCUUGAAGACUUGUCUGAUAUGAGUGACGACGAGGGACUGGAGGAUUACUCAGGUGCUGAAGAUGAUGAAGAGAAGGCCGCGGGCACUGCUCAGCCCCUGUCUUCAGACGCUCUCAUAAAACUGGCCGAGGGAGGAGAGGAUGUGGUGCAGGACCUGGAGCUGUCUGAUGAUGACUGA